CGCCCGGAGCUUCGGUUUGGCACGCGCCCGUCGGAAAGAAUUCAGGCGUAUACAAACCCUAAAUCCAGAUCUAUCCCCUCCGACCCCAGACAUAGGCUAUGGCCUCCAUCCUGUCCAAGCUACUGCGGGCAGCCUGCGCAACCCGCCCCUCUUGCUCGACUGUUAGAGGUAUUGCAGUUGGCGCUCGCCCGGCAGCCGCCAUCCGCGUCUCCUCUGCAGGAUCCCCCAAGUCAGAGGAAGAAGAAGAAGAAGAAGUCAGACCCAAGUCAGAAGUUGCUCGGGCAGCCCACCGAAGGCAGAUCAGAGCCUUUCCCUUAGCAGCCCCCAUCUCCCCUGAAGGAGGCCCCAUGUCAGAAGUAGCUCCACAUGUUCCAACCAUACGCUACAUACAUCUACCUGUUGAUGAGAAUGCACUCAAGUCGGAUGAAGCCAUGUGGGCCUUCUAUGAGUACUGGUGCAAAUAUCAUGGCAUAUCGCGUGACCGUCAUGAGAUGGAACGCCGCUUCAAGAUAUUUAGUGAUACUGCAAGGGAUGUGCACAGAUACAACAGCGUUGUUUGUGGGAUUGGCAGGGCGGCAAUGACCAAAUUUGCAGAUCAGACCGAGGAGGAGAAAGCUUGUCUACUGGGUGGACGCACUACUCCUGUGUGGGACUCUUAAGCUCUAAGUUAUGCUUCUGUAUGCCAAGACAUGCCUUAUCUACCAGUAUUGUGUGUCGCUUUGCUGUUGAACUCAUUUUAGCUCUAAUAAAAGGUAUAUUAACUGUAAUAUGUAUGUAUAUUGGACAAAUAUAUUCUGCUUUGCUGUAUGAGCUCAGUUAACUUCAAUAAAUACCUCGGCUCUA